UACCAACAAAAACCAUGUUGAUCAAAGUAAAGACGCUAACAGGGAAAGAGAUCGAACUUGACAUCGAUCCUGAUGAUAAGAUCACUCGAAUCAAGGAGAAAGUCGAGGAGCAGUCGGGUGUGCCACCGCCUCAGCAGCGUUUGAUCUUCGGAGGGAGGCAAAUGCCCGACGAUAAGACUGCCAAAGAUUUCAACAUCACGGCAGGAGCUGUCUUACAUCUCGUCCUUGCCCUUCGUGGUGGCCAAGCAUAGUGAUUCAUCAGCUCCCGAGCUGCGCGAUAGGGUUGUUUUGAUAGGAAGAAGUCCAAGCAUAAGGGUGUGUGUAGAGUUACAGUACAUUGCCCGUACGUUGUUAGAUAUGAUCCAAUCCGCUAUGACUUUCU